AACGGCGCGGCGUACACGCGCUCAGUCUACGGAGCGCCACCGUCGCGAGAACACGUGUUUUGGUGCGUGGAUAGAUAUUUACUUUAAUACGUAGUUUAUCGUUCCACAACACGUGUUAUAUCGCGUUUAAGAACCCUCUAUUCGAGUACCAAGUACAUUUAAAAUCUGAAUCGUGUUUUGUAGUAUUCUACAAGUAAUUAUAAUGUAUAAAAAGUGUGAUGAUAGUCAAUACAAGACUCCACGCGAGCAGACGCCAUGUUAGCAAAUCUUCGCGGGCUUUCCUGUGCUUGGUGUUCAAUAACGCAUCACUAUAUGCAGCAAUAAUAAAGUGUACAAACCACACGCCAACAAAAUUGCACAAGAAUUGUAAGUGAAGAUUCUUGAACCCUUAGCUGGCAAUGUGGGGUAUGAGACAGUUGAAAAUUUCUUUUGUUAGAACGAAGAAGGGGUUGGAUAUCAAUGUAAGCAAAAAGUUAUUCUCCUCCUUGAUGAAACUAAUACGUCCUAAUAAACUAACUAUUGACAAUGAAACUGCAUCCUGGGCCCUCGACAUACUCGGUUACUCGGUAGAAAAAUUAAUGUUCGAGCUGAUGGAGCCUUGCAGUAUGCUAGUAGUAAGAUGUGCCUGGCUUGGUCAGCUCUACGAUUGUAACAAAAUCUUCAAAACGGUGAAAUCGGCCGAAGGAUUCUGUUGUGGCUUCAAUUACCAUUUCGAACUUUCUAAAAAUUAUCGUGACAGGAAUGCAUGGUUAACGAACAUAACGACCGUCGAAGAAGACUCGAAUGGAUACAAUUCUUCUGAUUCUUUACCAGGAGUUGGGCAGAUUUUACAUGUACCUGGAACUGGACGCGACGUUGGUUUAGCGGUAGCGCUUAACAUCGACGCUGAAAAUUAUAGAAGUUCGGUGAGACAAUUUGUAAGUGCCUCGGUACUGAUACAUGACCCCUUAGAUUAUCCAGACAUCGGUACACAGUCUGUUACUUUGCUACCGAGCCACGUAAUGUCGCUAACACUUUCCGGAACAAAAAUACAAAGUUCGAAAAAUAUUCAAAAAGUACCUUUACGCAAGAGGAGGUGCUUAUUCGAUGACGAGGUACCUGGAGAACGACAGUAUAGUUAUCAAACAUGCAUCUCAGAGUGCAUGCAGCGAAUACUGUAUGGUUUCUGCGGUUGUUUGCCUUUCUUUUAUCCAAUUGAACAUCCAAAUGAGCGAACCUGUUAUUUGACGGAUGUAGAUUGCAUUCUAUCUCGCAGGAGAAAUUUAUCUCAAACACAGCUAUCUUAUAUCAACGAAUGCAAUUGUUUCCCACAGUGUACUGACACGUCGUACGAAGUGCUAUCUGAAUCUAUGCAGAUACAUGAUUUAAUGUACAGUUCCGAAUUAGCGCAUGAUUUGGAUAUAAAGAAGACGUCGUUCUUGUACAUUUAUUUUCGAGAUAGCACGUACAUUGAGUAUCGUAGGCUACUCAUCCUAGGAUGGGAUAAUCUUCUCGCAUCUUUCGGUGGAAUCUUUGGAUUAUGUCUAGGCGGAUCUGUAAUUAGUUUCGUAGAAUUUUUCUACUAUAUGCUGACAAACUUCAUUGCUCGAGCGAGAAAACAGGAACAACGAAAUCAAAAUAUACCCCCUGCUUCGAAAUUAUUUAUUUCAGUACCUGCAAAUGUAGCUCGAAAAAAGUAUAAUGCAACACUUAACAAAAAUGCGAUUCUUACGUGGGAUCAACAAUUUUCUCAACAAGAUCACAAAAAUACUAUUGAUUUAAAAACCAGCACAUUUUGCCAGUAAUGCAUACUUUAAUUUCAGGACAAUAUAUGUAUCCGUAACCGUUAAAUAAUUUAUUUUUAUUCAGGAU